AUCCCCCCCUUGUCCUGAUAAAUCUCUCCCAUCCCCUCACCCCCCCCUUAGAUCCCCAUUGUCCCCUCAGCACGCAGCUGAGGUGACCUCCGUCCCUCAGGGCCUGCUGAACCCCCUCAUCCCCUCAGGGCCUGGCUGGAUCCCCCCCAUCUCCUCAGGAUCCCAUCAAACCCCCUUGCCCUGGCCUUUAGGAUCCCCCCAAACCCCCCUCAGUGUCCCAUUAAAUCCCCUCUGUGGCCGCGGCAGGGGCUGCCCUCAGCCCGGGCGCCAUGUUCUACAUGCACUUGCUGGUGAACAAGCGCGGGCCCUUGGCCAAGAUCUGGCUGGCGGCGCACUGGGAGAAGAAGCUCACCAAAGCUCACAUCUUUGAGUGCAACCUGGAGGCUACUGUGGAGAAGAUCCUCUCGCCAAAGUUUACAAUAGCUCUGCGGACCUCUGGACACUUACUCCUUGGAGUGGUGCGGAUUUACCACAGGAAAGCCAAGUACCUCAUGGCAGACUGCAGUGAAGCUCUGACAAAAAUGAAGACAGCCUUUCGCCCGGGCCUUGUUGACCUUCCCAAGCAGAACUUUGAGGCUACUUAUCAAGCCAUUACACUACCUGAAGAGUUUCAUGAUUUUGAAACACCGCUACCUGACGUAAAUGCCAUUGACGUUGCUGAACACUUCACCUUGAACCAGAGCAGGCCUGAGGACAUCACGCUUGCAGAGGAUUACGAGAGCAAUUUAUUUCUUUGUGACAGAAACUUGGAUGGCAAACCAGAAGCCCUGAGGAAACAAAGCUUCUUUGAUGGCAGCAUCUUAACAAGCAGCAACAGUCUUGUCGUGGAUUGCUCCAUGAGUGUGAAAGGGUCUGCUCUGCGAGAGGAGACCUUCUGUUUUGAGUAUGACUGCUUUGGAGACGAGGAGGAUGCUGCAGAUAUGAUAGAAAUCCUGUUGAGGGACGAGAACACAGGCCUGGGUCAAGACAUUCUUGGUAUGGAGGAAGAAAACCCUUUGUCCCAAGAGCCACUGGAGAACAGCACAGCCGUUGAGUCCUGCUGUGCAGACACCACCAAUAAGGAAGUCAGUCACCUAGUGAGUGAAACCACACUUGUGUUGAAAGAAGAUGAUGGAUUUGUGCUUGAGCCACUUGAUGCUGCAGCUGUCACCCAGAGGAAGAAGAAUAGAAGGAAGAGGAAGUUGUUUGUGGAUGUAGACAAGGAACUCACCUGCUAUGCCAUGUACAACCAACUGAACAACUGCACAGACAUCAUGGCCACCUUGGACCUCGCCCCCCCAACCAAAAAAACAAUGCUGUGGAAGAAAUCCGGAGGUGUGGAUAAACUCCUGUCCCACACGACACAGCUGCUGCUUCCUGCUAAGCUGCAAAUGGUCCUUGCAACAUGCUUCAAGAGUCACGGAUUUAAGAUGAGAAGGAAGGAAAUACAGAGGGAGUCUGAAACGGAGGAAACAAGAAAAGAGCAAGAGACCACAGAGAUGCUGAUAGUAGAAGAGCCAAGUUUCCUGCAGGAGUCAGCUCAUUCAGACACUGAGAGAAAAAUUAGACAUGAUUCGUUUAUGUUGCCAUCAGAGGAUAACAGAAAUGUAACUGAUGAUCACUGUGGUGAAACUAUAAUGAGCAUGGUUUUGUCUGAGAGCUCCUCACUGGUGACCAGCAUCCUGGGCCAAGAGGCUGAAACGCAGCAAGUUGAGCUAACAAACGAGCUCACAAGGAACAGGAAAGACAGUGAAGAAAUCAGAUGGAACAAAAGAACUCUCCAGUUCCUAAAAGCCUUACAGCACCUGAAGAGAUCCGGGGUGAGCUCCUUCAGUUUCCAGGAUCUCAGUCGGAAAAACAACCGGAAAGAGGCCGCAGCCAAGUUUUACAUCCUGCUGGUGCUGAAGAAGCAGUCGAUUGUGGAGCUCAGGCAGAGCGUUCCCUUCACCGACAUCACAGCCACCACCGGCCCUAUGUUUGAUGCUCACUGACCUCGGGUCAGAGCCAGAUAAGCCACCAAAACUCAACCUGAUUGGUGAAUGAUUGAUUGAUUGGUGAUUUUCCAGCAGAUGGAUUCCUGGGGGAAAAUGACUGAAUGUCUUGUUAAACCAUGGAGCCACCUCUGAACUGCCGCCUCACAGGCGUGUGCCGUGUGCCAUGAUGUGCCACCAUGGUUACCAACAUGUUCCCUAGCUUGGUUAGUUUUAAUAUAGCUGGUUUGGUGACAAGCAGUUACUUAUUCUGUUAAUAAAAUACAUUAGGGAAGGAUUUAUGUUGUGAGGGAUUUUAGGAAAAGCCCUUAAAAAUCCUUUCUGGGAGACAGGAUUUGAACUAACACAUGUGUUAAUUCUCAUGCCAUCGGUAAGAGAAAUCUGCUGACCUCCCUGUAUCCAAAAUCCACCUAUUUGCAAUGAUUCCUUCCAGAGAAGGGCCGGUGUUUGCUAUUUCAAGGCCCAGUGAGGCAGUGCCUCCAGUGUUGUUUCCAUGUGUUCAGGCAGGGAGAGGUUACCCAGUCCAUGAAAGAGUCGCAUAAGCAUCAGGACAAACCCUCUCCUCUGCAAAUCCUCCAAUUUCACGUUCCGUGGAGCAUGUUCACUUAAGGAUGAACCCUUUGAUUUAUGUGUAGCCCUAUUUAAAAAUGGCUGUUAAAGGAAACCUUGUCGUUCUUUGCAGUUGCAUCUAAUUUAGGAUGAGUUUUAACACUUGUACUGCCAUGUGGUGGUGUUUUCCAGGCACACUGAACCCGUGCAGGUGGCUGUGGGUACAUCCCCUCCUGUUACCAUGAAAUCAAUAAAAACCCGAACAUGACAUC